AGCUGUGUCCAAUCACCUGUCCAAUCAGGUCUGACAGCUGAUCAUCAGGGCACUGAUCAUCAGGGCACUGAUGAUCAUGCCUGUCAGUGUCCAUCAGUGCCAGCUGUCAGUGCUGAACAGUGCCACAUGCCAGUGCCCAUCAGUGCCACAUCAAUGCCACAUAUCAGUGCCUACCAGUGCACAUCAAUGCCACAUAUCAGUGCCCAUCUGAGCUGCCUUUCAGUGUCACCCAUCAGUGCCAGUCAGUGCCACCUAUCAAUGCCAAUCAGUGCCACCUAUCAGUGCUACCAAUCAGUGCCGCCUAUCAGUGCCAGUCAGUGCCACCUAUCAGUGUGCACCAGUGCCACCUAUCAGUGCAUGUCAGUGCCUCCUAUUAAUGCCAGUCAGCGUGCCGCCUAACAG